GCGAGAAUAUUUUUAUCAACAACACUGUACCAUCCCCUCUCUCUCUAUAUUUAUAUAUAUUUGUCUGCAUUUAUUGAAAUUUUCACGAUUUCGUGAUCUGGGUCUUGGUUAUUCUUGAGUUUUGACUUUUUUAGGGCUCUGAAAGUAUUUGCAUUGGUGUACAGACUAUUUUUGGUGCACAGAUCGUUCAUCCUCAUUGUAAUCUCUGAUUGGUUCGUGGAAAAUUCAAACCACUUUUGAGUUUUAGCAAAUUAGCUAUCGAAAGGCCCUUAAUUCAUUUCAUCAUGAUUGUCGACUUCAACAUACCCUAUUAAGGAAUCAAGCUUUGUUUACCUAUAAAUUUCUCUAUCAAAUUUGGGGGGUUAUUUGAUGUGAAUUUUGACGUUAUAUAGUGGACUUCAAUGGAGCAAUCGGACGAUCUUUGCAACAUAGAAGGAAACGGAGAUGGGAGAGGCAAUAACGGUGCUUACUGUGCUCCGUCAACAUCGGCAACUGCGGCCAGCUCUGCUUACAAGUUGUUUGGCCGGCAAACCUCUUUCCACCAGAUGAUGGGCGGCGGUAAAGCUGCUGACAUUAUAUUGUGGAGGCGGAGGCGUGUCUCGUUUGGCAUAAUUGUUGCUGCUACAGUCGCAUGGAUCAUUUUUGAGUAUUCAGAGUUACCUUUCUUAUCAGUUUCGUCUGAUGUUUUAUUGAUUCUGAUAGUUCUGCUCUUUCUCCGGGCGAACUAUGCUGCCUUCAGGGAGAAACAACUACCAGUAUUGCCAGAGUUAGUCUUGUCAGAAGAAAUGGUUAAUAAUGCUGCAGCAUCAUUUAGGGUCAAAAUUAAUUAUAUGCUUCUCAUGGCUCAUGAUAUCACUCUUGGCAAAGAUUUCAAACUCUUCUUUAAGGUAGUUAUUAUUCUGUGGCUUCUAUCUGUCAUAGGAAGUGUAAUAUCUUUCUUCACACUUGCAUAUAUUGGAACGAUUAUAUUUAUUACUGUGCCUGCCUUGUAUAAUAAAUUUGAAGACCACUUGGAUCGAUGUGCUGGGAAGAUCCACAGACAAUUUUCAAGGCACUACAAAAUAGUGGAUGAGAGCAUUAGCAGGUUACCCCGGAGUAUCACCAAGGACAAAGAACUAUAGUCUUCUUUGACCAAGUAGGAGCAUGUUCAAUUUCAUGAGACAAAGCUCUUAGUUUUGCUUAACUUUUGGUCCUGAUUCUCCUUUUCCACAGAAUGAGGGUGACUCUGGAAAUCUUUCUUGUUUCCAAGCUUCAGGUUGGGGUUUUCAGAAACCAAUAACAAUGGCAAUUGUCACCGUCUGCUGUCUUAGUGGCAGGUGUUAGUUCUUGCUUAUUGCCUGCUUCUCUUCUUCUUCUUAAUUAAUAUCCACACCGAUGUCUAUUUUCAUCUCAGAACCAAGCAUGGAUUUCAUAUGAUGUAAAGUUUCUUCACGUUAUUCUUACAUGAGUACUAAAUUGAAGUGUGAAAUAAAUAACUCAAAACUUAAGACAGAAUCUUGAUGCUUGAACCGUUUGAGUUCAAACUUAAUGAUCCAAUUUCA